UGAAGCGGAAGUGAAAGACAACUCUACAUCAUGGACGUGGAGAUGAUUUGAAUGUUUUUUUGCUGGGUUCAAUCUGAUUUUAACACCAUGAAGAUUAAUGAAAACACUCUGCUGGAGGGCAACAAAGUCGUGUUGGUUCCUUACACCGCAGAGCACGUGCCCAGGUAUCACGAGUGGAUGAAGUCUCCUGAGCUGCAGCAGCUGACCGCCUCGGAGCCGCUGACCCUGGAUCAGGAGUACGACAUGCAGAGGAGCUGGAGGGACGACGACGACAAGUGCACGUUCAUCAUCUUGGACAAGCAGCGCUGGGCGGACGGCAGCGUGCAAGAGGAGCAGUGCAUGGUGGGAGACGUCAACCUCUUCCUGACGGACCCCGCGGACCCGACGCUGGCCGAGCUGGAGAUCAUGAUCGCAGAGCCCGGACACCGAGGCCAAGGCGUCGGGAAGGAGGUGACACGCAUGAUGAUGAGCUACGGAGUCGCCAAGCUCGGGGUCAAAAGAUUUGAGGCGAAGAUUGGGCUGAGCAACCAGGUCAGCAUCGCCAUGUUCAAGAAACUCCACUUCCAGGAGGUGUCCGUGUGCCAGGUGUUCAGCGAGGUGACCCUCCAGCUGACGGUGGACGAGUCGGUCCGGGCGAGGCUGCUGGAGGACUCCGCCCACGUGGAGGAGCGAGACUACGGACCGACACGCAGCGGCAGGCGGGGAGCGCCGAAGGCCUCCAGCUGCGCCGCGGACGCCUCCUCCACCGUGAAGGAGGCCCCACGCUGAAAGUGGGUGGGUGUGGGUGGGUGGGUGGGGGUGUGGGUGGAGACGCUCCUGCAUGCGAGACUGUCCUGGGAAAGCUCUUCACGAGACCCGCCCUGGUUCCGCCCUCCACAGCGUUGAUGAGAGGGGGGCAGUGAUGCCGAGCGGGACGCCGCUCCUCUCCCCCCCCCCCACCCCACCCCAAAGGUUGUUGCUGAUCAGAGGACACAUUUUUUGGGGGGGCCUCUGCUUUGUGCAACAGGGCAUUUAUGUGUUGAAACACGUCAUUGUUUAAUGUUGCGUUGAGGUUUCCGGCACUUUUGUCUGAUGAUAC